UCAGUUGGCAUUGUGGGCUUCCUUAAUAUCAAGACAAAGAAAGGAAUAGUUUUAUUUUGUUUUUUGUAGUAACUUAAUUAGUUCUAAUCCUUUGUCACAACCGUUGGAUUGUUUUCUCCGCGACGGUCGGAUUAGGGUGGUGCAAGAUUCUCAGUUGGAGUACAUGUGCUGCUUAUCUUUCCUUUGCUUUUUAUGACCUCUUUUUCAUCUUUGCUUUCUUUGCAUGGAUUUCUCCUCCCAAACAUAGUAUAAGUCACAUACAAGAGUUGGUUUUUUCUAUUCUUUCUUUUAUUUUAUAGUAUAUCAAUUUCUUCCUUGAUGUUCAUGGCCAUCAUUUGCAACAAAGUUUCUUGGUAUUUGAUUCUUUCUUCAAGUUUCAACUACCCUACAGCUGCUACCACUUCUAGUUUUUUCACCAUGGAGAAAGAGCACAUCUGCAAGUUUUGCAGCAAGAGCUUCCCAUGUGGGAGAUCACUUGGAGGCCACAUGAGGUCCCAUCUGAUCAACAACACUCCACCACUAGGCCAUCAUCCCGAGAUGCGGCCUCCGAAGAAGAAACUCCCACCUCUCACCUUGGACCAUGAAAACCACAAGGUUUGCAAGGAAUGUGGCAAGACCUUCCCAUCAUGGAAGGCCUUGUUUGGCCACAUGAAAUGCCACUCUCCGAACAGCGGAGGAGUUCUUGUCAUGGACAGCCAAUCAGACAACGAGGCAGGGACCACGCCCCCGUGCAAGAGGAAGAGAUCGUACAGGACCAUCACUACAAGGUACAACAACAACACAUCCAUCACAAACUCUUCCUCUUCCCUCACCAUAGCAACAGCAACAACUGAGAUCAACGAUGACGAUGAUGAUGAUGAUGAUGAUGAUGAUGAUGAUGAUGAUGAUGAUGAUGAUGAUGAUGAUGAUGAUGAUCAACACAACGAGCAAGAGGAGGUAGCCUUGAGCUUGAUCAUCCUCUCAAGGGACAAGAGCUACUGGGGAGACAUUGAAGGCAAGAAUUCAAAACUCGACCCGAAAAGUAGUGGUGUAGAAAGCUUGCAGAAGCUCAAGGCUCCAAGAGUCGAGACAAAGACAAGAAAACUCGAAUCACUAAACAACGAAGCUGAGGUUGGAUAUGAUGAGUUUGAAGUGAACUCUCCCAAGAAGUUGAUCAAGAGAAGGCAUCAUGAUCAGUUUGGGAGAGAGGGAAACAGCAACAGCAAGUUUAGAUGCUCAAUCUGCAAGAAGGAUUUUCGAUCAUACCAAGCAUUAGGCGGCCACAGGGCGAGCCACAAGAAGUUCAAAGGCUGCUGCGCUCCGAGAAGCAGCCUAGAAACAGAGGAUUCACAUAGCCAGAAAAGCAAAGAGCACGAGUGCCCCAUUUGCUUCAAAGUUUUCCCAUCGGGCCAAGCUCUAGGAGGCCACAAGAGGUCCCACUUGAUCGCGGAUCAAGCCAAGGCGUCUCCGCCUCACCGGACGGCCGACAGAGCCUUUCUUGAUCUCAACUUGCCUGCUCCUACUGAGGAGGAGGAAUGUGGUGAGUUCGAGCCGUGGUGGAUUGGGGGCGCCGCCCGCCUCGGCCUACUCUCCACUUCGUGAUCGUGGAAUUCACUCACAAAUGUAAAAAUUCUUAAUUCUUUACAUACUUUUGAAUUUUUUUAAAAAUCUAUUCUAUUGAAUAGGCCAGUGGAGUAAAACAAUUUUUACAUUGCAGUUUUCGUAGGAAAUUCUUGUUGACAUGUUGUUGUCACAGUUUUAACAUGUAUGGAAUAUGUUACAUUUGGUCAUUUUCUGCAAUUCUAUUUGUGUUUGGACAUA